AUGCUUCACUAUCUAUCUAUCUAUCUAUCUAUCUAUCUAUCUAUCUAUCUAUCUAUCUAUCUAUCUAUCUGUUUUUGUAGUUGCUUCUGUGACUCAUUUUGCUUCUAUCUAUCUAUCUAUCUAUCUAUCUAUCUAUCUAUCUAUCUAUCUAUCUAUCUAUCUAUCUAUCUAUCUGUCAAGAAACAGCUAGCUUACUACCUGUUCCUUUCCCUUCCUAGAAACUACCUCGUUCCCUUUCCUCUUCUUCCUUUCCCCUUCAUAGCUAGCUACUAUGGUCCAUUUCUUCCUCUACCUCAAACAGCUAGCUACUAUGAUACAUUUCUUCCUCUACCUCGUUCCUUUCCCUUCAUAGAAACAGCUAGCUACUAUGGUACAUUUCUUCCUCUACCUCGUUCCCUUCCUUUCAUAGAAACAGCUAGCCCAUUUCUUCCUCUACCUCGUUCCCUUUCCUUUCAUAGAAACAGCUAG